AUGGGCGAGACGAAGGCGGAUGGGAAGCGCGUCAAGACGUUCGCGCACUUUCCGGGCAUCGCCGGCGCGUUCGUACGAGUCACGAUGCAUAAUUUUAUGUGUCACUCCAACUGCGAGGUCGAGCUCGGACCGCGGAUUAAUUACAUCACGGGCGAGAACGGAAGCGGGAAGAGCGCGAUUCUCACCGCGUUAUCCGUCGCGUUGGGGGCGAAGAUGCGCUCGGUCGGGCGGUCGAGCUCGAAGAGCUUUAACGGAAUGAUCAAGAGCGGGUCGACGCAGGCGAAGAUCACGGUUGUGAUUUCAAACGACGGCCCGGACGCGUUUAAGCCGGAAUCGUACGGGAAGGCGAUCGUGGUGGAGAAGACACUGAAUGGAGCGGGCGCGAAUGUGCUGCGGUUGAAGAGCGCGCGAGGGGAUAUCGUGGGGACUAAGAUGGAGGAGUUGCACAAACUGACGGAUCACUUUUGCGUCGACGUGGAUAAUCCGAUCACGGUGAUGACGCAGGACAUGGCGAAGAAAUUUUUGCACAGCGGCGACGACACGAAGAAGUAUCAGUUUUUCGUGCAGGCGACGUUGUUGGAGAGUUUGCAGCAACAACAGACGAUGGCGAAGAAUAAUCUGAAGGAUGCGAGGGAGACACUUCAGGAGCACUUGGAGUCCAUUCCGCGCGUGAGGAGCGAAGUUGAAGAGCUCGAGCACGAACUGAACACGUUCGAGCGCAUCAGAGAGCUUCGGGAGAAGGCGACGAAUAUAACGGCCCGAAUCGCCUGGUCCAAGGUGUACGAUAAGGAGAUGGAGAUCAAAGAAACGGAAGAUAAAGUGAAGAAAAACCAGGCACUCGUGCGCGAGGCGACUGAAAAGCUUGCUGAGAUUGAACAGCAAAAAGAGGCCUCGAGCGGCGAGAAUGAGGCGCUCGCCGCUGAAUACGCCGAGUUCGAGAAGCAACUUCAAGAUCUCCAAAAACAGCGUCAUCAAGUUGAGAUGGACUACAGAGAAGCGGGAAGACGCUUGCAAUCGGCGGAUACUGACAAACUCACCGAAGAAACGAGCUUGAAAAAGUUGACGAAGAAGAUCUCAGAUGUGGAGUCGAAGAUUCAGCGAACCCUGGACGCACAACGAGGUGAGCGCACCGAGACGGAUAGACGACUGCAGGUUCUGAACGACACGCUCAUCGCCGCCAAGCAAGCGGUGACGCAGUGCAACGGCGACAUUGAAGGAUACAAGCACGCAUUGGAUGAGAAGGAAAGAGCGCAGCGCAAUUUUUUCGGCAUGAAGAAGUCGACGGAGAAUGACAUUAACGAGAUCAGAAAGCAAGUUUCCACGUUGAAACAGACGUCUACCAACAGACUCGUUCUCUACGGACAACACAUACCCAGGCUAUGCGACGCCCUGCAGCAGCGCCAAGGUGAAUUUUCAUUGCCGCCCAUCGGACCAAUCGGCGCGCACGUCACGCUCAAGGAUCAGAAGUGGAUCGCGCCCGUUGAGGAGUCCCUCGGUGCUGGUAUAGGCACAUUUUUGGUCGCCAGCUCUCACGACAUGGACAAGUUGCGCAAAUUGAGCAGAGAGUGCGGCGUCAACAAUCUGAGCAUUGCCCUCGUCAACUUCAACAGAGGACGUUACGAAAUCCCAGCGGAGAGAGUGCCUAAUAAGGAUGAAUUCACGACUGUUGCGAGUGUUCUUGAUUUCAAACACGAUGCAGUGUUCAACUUUCUGGUUGAUAGCGCGGCGAUUGAGAGAACUGUGCUCAUGACGGAUGAGAACGCGGCGCAGAGCAUGUUUCGUUCCGGAGCCGCGAGGGCCAAGCAAGUCGCGAAUGUCUUCACUCAAAACCGCAAGGUGUUCAUGAGCGGUAAGACCGUCCGAAACGAAGCGUUCCGAAACAUGGAUAGAGCUCGCCGAUUGGGAGCCGACCCCAAGGCACAAAUUGUGGAAUUGCAAAAGGCCAUCACGCAGAAGCAAGCUACCGCGCGAGAGUACAGCAACGACGAAGUGAGCGCCAUGAAGGCUGUGAAAGAGAUCAGGGACAUGCUGAAGAAGAAAGAAGCCGAAUACAGCAAGCUCGAACAAAAGGUUCUCGCAGCGACAAACCAGUUGCAGCAGGCAAAACUUGAGGCCGAGGAUACAAACGACACCGGUGUCGACGUGAGCACGCUCCAAGAGGAGCUCGACAACUUGAACGCGGAAGCGUCCAAGCAUCGAACCGCGCUGAGCGAAGCCGAAACGAAUUACACUCGGAUGAAAGAAACGUAUGAUGUCGCCAAGAGCGCAGUCGAUGAAACGGUUUCCCUCGCAGAUGCGUACAAGAGUAAAGCACAGCACCACGCGAAGAAGAUGCAAACGCUGGAGGCUAAACUGCAGAAAGUGGACAAGUUGAUCGCAACGUGCAAGAAAGAUAUCGAAUGUGGCACAUUAGUCGUUCAGCACGACGAGGAGCAGAUCAAAUUACUGACUGUGACGUGCGAAGAGAUGGCCGAUAGGUUUACUAAAAAUUUCUGUGAUCGAGAAAUCGCGGAGGAAGCGGGUGACAUCACCAUGGGUGAGGAGGCCCUGUUGCGCAUGCUUGAAUCGACAAAGACUAUCAUGAAAAAGGAAGAGAGUCGCCACAAACGACCGUACGAAGAAGUGAGCGAUGAACUAUCUGAAAAGCGACGAAAACUGAUGAAACUUGAGAGAGGCACCGAGACGUCUGAGAAGAUCAUCAACAAGCUAAGGAAGGGAUUGAAGAAGCGCAAGGCCGCCGUGCAGGAGAAGGCAACAGAAACCGCAAAAAAUGUCUCGCACAGGUUCAACUGGCAUAUGCAGCGCAAGGGCCACGCGGGCCAGAUCAAUGUCGACUACUCAACUAUGAAGCUGACUAUCAAGGUCACGGACAGUGCAAAGACAAAGGCUAUCACGGACACUCGCGCGAUGAGCGGUGGCGAGCGCUCAUAUUCGACGCUCGCAUUCAACCUCGCGCUUGGUGAUGAAUCGGACUCUCCGUUCCGCGCGAUGGAUGAAUUCGACGUGUUCAUGGAUGCAGUGAACCGUCGCAUCUCCAUCGAGACGCUUUUGGAUUUCGCCCGAAACACGCACUUUGACAAGCAGUUUUUGUUCAUAACGCCGCAGGACAUUAGCGCCGUCGAUGCGCAAGCCGAUGACAUCAAAAUUCAGAGGAUGCGCGCCGCUCGACCGGCUUAA